AUGGAUCAUCUUAGUGGUGAUGAAUACGUGGAGGAGGUAGAAGAGGUUGGGAUUGCUUUGGAGGACAGGAUUACAUACAAGGAUGACUUUAAGGAGGCAAUUAGAAGUUAUGUUGUGCAUACUGAGAGGGCUUUGAAGUUUGUUAAAAAUGAUAAGCGUAGGGUGAGGGUUAGAUGCAUGGGUGGACAAGGGCAGUAUAAGGUAGAGUUGCUCACUACAAUUGGAAGGGAUCCAAAUGACCAAAUGCUUCCGAUUGCAUAUGCGGUAGUUGAAGUAGAGAACAAAGACACAUGGGGUUGGUUUUUGCAGUUAUUGGUAGAAAACCUUGGCGGAAAAGAAGUGUGUGGUAGGUGCACAUGGAUGUCUGACCAACAAAAGGGGUUGAUGCCAGUUGUGUCAACUUUUAGAAAGAUUCAUAACAGGUACUGGUCAAGGUCUCGAUUCACAACUCAAGCUGUAUGUGAUUCCCUUGACAACAAUAUCUCUGAAGCUUUCAACAGUGUUAUUGUGCUUGCGAGAGAAAAACCAAUAAUCACAAUGCUGGAAGAGAUAAGACUUUAUCUAAUGAAACGUUGGGUCACCAAUAGAAGCAAGGUCGCGUCUAUGGAUUUCACUAUCUGCCCAAAGAUAAAGAACAAGCUUAUGAAAGAAUCAAAUUUGUCUAGAUAUUGGAUUCCAAGCUGGUCUGGACGAAAGUUGUUUAAGGUUAGACACACUGCAGUAAUAACAAACAAGUUCACAGUGGACCUUAAGAGUCAACACUGUAGCUGUAGGAAGUGGAUGAUAAGUGGCAUCCCAUGUUGUCAUGCAAAUGCAACAAUGAACUACUCCAAUGAAGAUCCCCAAAAUUUCAUACCCUCCUGGUUCACAAGAUCCACAUAUGAAGAGACGUAUGCCUCUAUGAUUUAUCCUGUCAAUGGGAAAUUGCUAUGGGAAAGAACAAGCUAUGAUGAUGUCUUGCCACCAAUUCUUCGAAAGUUGCCUGGGAGGCCAAAGAAAAAGAGAAAGUUGGAGGCGUGGGAGUUAACAAAGGAUGUCACCCAAAUGAUUGUUGGUGGCCAUAGAAAGAAAUGUACCAUCUACCGUCAAGUGGGACACAACAGAAAGAAUUGCCCCCUUACGUCCAGACAUCACACAACCAACAUGUCCUUUAGCCUCACAGCAAACAUGUCCCCAGUCCCAAGAACCAGCACAACCUACUCAGGAGUCCAUUCCACAUUCAGCACCAUCAAUCUUCAGGAAGAAGUUACAUUUUAG